CUAAAUCCUGUUACAGUAACAUAUCAUUUCUGUCAGAAAUUGACAUUGUUAUUUACAAGGUGUUGACUGAAAAAUCUGUAAGAUCACAAUUUUAAGACAUUACCAUAAGAAAAUCUAUCCCAAAUCCAUUUUGAGUUCAACGAAUCUCUUCGGUUUUGACUAGAAACAAAAGGAACAUCUUCGUUUCUAUUUAAAUACCAGUAUUUUUGUUUGGCAGCACCAACAACAAGAAGCAAAGCAAAAGUAUAAGCCAUGGACAACUCUGCGUCUCAUAUGUCUUGCGUUCUUAAGGUCAAUAUGCAAACCAGUGGAUGGGAAAAAGCCAUGCAUAAGCUCAUCAAGGACAUCGGAGAUGUGACAUACACCAUCGAUGCUGCCAUGGGCAUGGCAUAUGUCUCCGGUAGGAUGGGCCCUGAGAUCAUCCUGAGGAUUCGAAAGUGUAAGAAACAUGUUCAGCUCAUCCACAUCAAGGACGGCCACAAUGUGAUUCCUAGAUCUUCCUCUUAUAACUUACCCACCAUCACCGGUUUCAAUCAGCCACAACCACCAACGCCAAUGUUUCAGACGGAGGUGGAACCGUAUAUCCAUUACGGCCUAAUUCCGUACGAACAUGAACAGCCUCAAGUGGCUUAUCCUUAUUUCUACCCCCAUAUCUAAAUCUACUGAUAGCAAUAUGUAAUUUUGCAAGAUGAUUUCUAGCAAAAUGCUAAAGUUUAAUACUACAAAAGUGACAAUGA